GUGAACUACUUUCAUGGUUAACGCACCGGUAUUGUAUUCUUACAUCCAUACACAACCAAGAUGGGGGCUGGCGAGUAUCCACCGGAGUACAAUCCAAGAGUACAUGGGCCUUAUGUCCCUGGUCGCUUCUACGGGAAAAAGGAUAUACCUCUUGGGGAUGUAAAGCUUGGAGAGGUUGGAUCAUGGAUCUCCCGUCGCAGCUUCAGCCCACAAGGAAUGUUUGCUGCCCUAAGCAGAGCUAACUGGCGCUGGGCUGAGAAGUACUUGCUUGUCAAGAGGGGUUCCGUGGCCCCAUUGGUGCAAGUCUGUGUAGGGUUGUCUGUUUUCUACUACUUUCUACAGUACAGAGGCCACACAAAUCACCGCCACACCAAGUACCAUUAACUUCAAAUGGCCCUAGCCCCAUUGUGUGUUGAGAGGAUAUACUUGUAGCAGCCAUGUUGGACAACAGUUCAUUAUUUCGGAUGGCCUCAGUGUUAUACAGUUGACCAAAUGUAACUAUAAAAAAUAAAUUUAAACUUUGA